AUGAACACCGUCCUGUCAGAAAGAGGCUCACUAAUCAUCUACCUGGACAAGGUUUCUCACACACGACCAGAGGAGAUCACUUUUAGGAUCCAUCAGAAGCUGAAAGUGGGCGUCUUACAACCAGCAGCUGUCUCUGUCUAUGAAUACUAUGAAGGUAUCUGUGUGGCUGAACCAUUAGAAGUAAUUGUCCGGAAGGACUUUUUCAUUGAGCUCAAGCUGCCAUAUGCUGCUGUCCGUGGAGAGCAGCUUGAAAUCAAGGCAGUCCUCUACAACUACAGCCCUGAUUCUGCCACAGUGCGUGUGGAUCUGAUUGAGGAGGCUCAUGUGUGCAGUGCAGCCUCUAAACAGGGAAAGUAUCGUCAGGAGGUCAAAAUUGGGCGCCAAACCACACGAUCUGUACCGUUCAUCAUUAUUCCCACAAGGGAGGGAAAAUACCGCAUUGAGGUCAAAGCAGCUGUUAAAGACUCAUUACUCACUGAUGGAAUCGUGAAGAUGCUGCAGGUGGUGCCUGAAGGUUUACUGGUUAAAUCUCCUCAGAUUGUGACUUUAGACCCUGCAAAAAAUGGUGUAGAUGGUAAACAAGUUGAAAUUUUGAACAGUGGAAUUCCUAACAAAGAGUUUGUUCCGAACACUCCUACUAGCACACAGAUCUCUGUGACAGGAAGAAAGCAAAAUGUGCUGAAGAAUGAGAUUAGUGGGAACUCUACAGUUAGUCUGAUCUACCAGCCCUCAGGCUGUGGAGAGGAGAACAUGAUCCACAUGACCCUGCCUGUCAUUGCAACCACGUAUUUGGACAAAACCAAACAGUGGGAACCUGUGGACAUUGAGAGACGUUCAGAAGCCCUCCAACACAUCUACACCGGUUACCAGAAUCAGCUUGCUUACCAAAAAACUGAUGGAUCCUUUGCUGCACAUCCUGAUCACCAAAGCAGCACCUGGCUGACGGCCUAUGUUAUCAAGGUGUUUGCCAUGGCCAACAAUCUGGUGGCAGGGCCAAGCAACAACAUCUGUGAUGCUGUGAAGUUUAUGAUUCUCAACACACAGCAAUCUAAUGGCAUGUUUAGAGAAGUUGGAACGGUGGCUCAUGAAGGGAUGAUUGGUGAUGUGUUCGGCACAGAUUCAGAUUCCUCAAUGACGGCCUUCUGCCUCAUUGCCAUGCAGGAGUCACGCACACAGUGUGCUGCCACUGUUAAUAGUCUGCCAGGCAGUAUAGCCAAAGCAGUGGCCUACCUGGAGAGGCGUCUGCCCAGCCUCAUCAACCCAUAUGCUGUUACAAUGACAUCAUAUGCCCUGGCCAAUGAAAACAAACUGAACCAGGAGAUCCUCUUCAAGUUUGCUUCCCCAGAGUUGUCCCACUGGCAGGUACCUAGGGGACGUGUUUACACACUGGAGGCCACAGCUUACGCUCUUCUUGCUCUGGUCAAGACCAAGGCCUUUGAAGAAGCCAGACCUGUUGUGAGAUGGUUCAACAAACAGCAGAGAGUGGGUGGAGGCUAUGGAUCAACUCAGGCUACUAUAAUAGUGUACCAGGCUAUAGCUGAGUACUGGGCCAGUGAUAAAGGACCAGAGUUUGAUCUGAAUGUGGACAUCUUGUUGCCAGGCAGGUCAAAACCUGACAAGUACAACUUCAACAGCGACAACCACUAUGCCACGAGAACAUCUAAAAUUAAUUUUAUAAACCGGAAUGUGAAAGUGACUGCCACAGGCACAGGAGAAGCAACACUGACAAUGCUGUCGCUGUAUUACGCUCUGCCUAAAGAAAAGGAGGGAAACUGUAAGAAGUUUAACAUGUCAGUGCAGCUCCUCCCAGAGAAAAUGGAUGAGGAUGAGAAGAUAUACAAGUUGAGAAUAGAGGUUUUGUAUAAAGACAAGGAGCGCGAUGCAACCAAGUCAAUCUUGGAUGUUGGCUUGUUAACUGGCUUCACUGUUAACACAAAUGACCUGAGUUUGCUGUCCAAAGGACGUGCCCGCACUAUUUCAAAAUAUAAGAUGGACCAUGAGUCAGAAAGAGGCUCACUCAUCAUUGACCUGGACAAGGUUUCUCACACCGGACCAGAGGAGAUCAGUUUUAGGAUCCAUCAGAAACUGAAAGUGGGCAUCUUACAACCAGCUGCUGUCUCCAUCUAUGAACACUAUGACCAUCAAAACAAGACACAGUGUGUGAAAUUCUACCACCCAGAGAGGAGAGAUGGACAGCUACUGCGGCUCUGUAGAAAUGAUGAAUGCACAUGUGCUGAAGAGAACUGCAGUAUGCAGAAGAAGGGUAACAUCAGCAAUGAUGAGCGCUCAGCUAAGGCCUGUGAGACUCAAGUGAACAGCAAAAUAGAUUUUGUGUACAAAGUGAGACUGGAAGAAUUUACAGACGGCUUGUCCACUGACAUUUACACAAUGCGAGUACUGGAAGUCACCAAAGAAGGAAAUAAUGAUGUGGGUCCUUUGGGUAAACUGCGCACAUUCCUCAGUUAUCCACACUGCAGAUCGGCUUUAGAUUUGAAAAAAGGCAAAAACUACCUUAUCAUGGGCGCAUCCAAAGAUAUUUACCGAGACGAACGGAGUCAAUCGUAUCAGUACGUACUCGCCGAGAGAACCUGGAUCGAGUACUGGCCCACAGAAGCAGAGUGUCAGACUGUGAAACACAGGUCUACUUGUUUGGGCAUGGAGGACAUGGUCCAACAGUACACACUUGUUGGAUGUCGGGACAAGUGAAACUGGAUAUAAGCAAAUAAAAUCUUAUUUUCAAAUUGUU